AUUGUUUAUAUUUCAACGUAUCCAUAAUUUACUAUUUAAUAUUUUCUUUUGUCUAAAAGUAUAAGUCUAGGUCAUUGAUUUUGAAAGGUGGCGAUGACCUAGACUCGUGUUUUUAAAUGAGAACAAUAUCGAUGACUUAUUUAAUGGUCAAAUUUUUAGAUUACUUAGUGAAUUUAAUCCUUACAUACCCUUCUUACUUCCUCCAAGCUUACAUCAAAGCAUAAAUUUGUGAAUAUGGAAACAAUAGAAUAGUAUUCAUAGUGACUACUAGCUCUCUCUCUCUCUAUAUAUAUAUAUAUAGGUAGGUACUCAUAAACAAGGAAUAUAACUAAUUAAGCUCUUCAAUCACUCUCACACACACACAUGUUCUAACCAUUGCAAAGCUUGGUUAGCUAGCUCUUAAAAUGGCUGAGAUUGAACUUGAAAGUUUGUUUAAUCAUGCCAUUAGAGGGCAAUGGAGAGAAGUUAUAGAGUCAUAUGAAAAAAACCCUAAAGUAUUGGAGGCCAAGAUCACAAAAGUAGAAGACACAUUGUUACACAUUGCUGUGUAUCUGAAGCAAACACUCUUUGUGACAACCUUGUUAGAUAAAAUCAGCAAAGACAUGUGUUGGGACAUCCUACGAAUGCAAAACUCAAAGGGAAAUACUCCUCUUCAUGUUGCAGCAGAGCUUGGGAAUGUAGAAAUUUGCAACAACAUAGCUAAAAGAGAUCCUAUCCUCAUUUCCUGUCGAAAUUUCGAAGGCGAAACUCCUCUUUUCUUGGCAGCUGUAUAUGGCAAAAGAGAGGCAUUCUUUUGUCUUCAUAGUCGUCAUCAGGACAAAGAUGAUUAUUCAGUUUCAAGAAAAAAUAAUGGGGACACUAUUCUUCAUUCUACCAUAUCCAGUGAAUACUUUGGUUUGGCACUUCAAAUAAUUGGAAUGUAUCCAAAGCUGGUGAAUGCUGUAAACCAUGAUGGAUUAUCACCUCUCCAUAUUCUUGCUAGGAAACCUAAUUGUUUCAGAAGCUGCACAAGGAUGGAGCUAAUUGAUAGUAUCAUCUACACUUUGUCAGGUUCGUUUGUUGAUGACGACAAGGAAGAAAGAUAUGACCAUAUUAACGAAGCAUACACUCAGACUUCUCGUCACUAUCCAUUGAACUAUGGAACAUGCAUGACCUUCUUAUCUUUGUUGAAUAGUGGCUUUAAAGUAACAACAACAGGAAAAGAUUCAAAUGCUGCAACUAGUGAUGAAGAGAAUAAUUUCUCUCAAAAAUUUGAGCAAGGGCAACCAAAGAGAGAAAAGAAACAUUACCUGUUCCCUCCCAAUUGGGAAUCCAUGAUCCGACUUUUAGUUCUUGGAAUGAAGGCCUGCCUAAUCAUUUUUGGUGUUGGAGCAACAUGGGUAGAGAAAAUCCAAAGGAGGAAGGAAAAACAUAUUCGGGCUAAGCAAGUAAUGAAUGAACUGAUUCAGCAUGCUUCUUUAUUCAAGUAUGAUUUCACAGGACCAAGUUCUAAUGUUGAAGAGAAUGGUGGUGAUGACAUAGGUAAAAUAAAGAGCAAUACAGAAAAUGAGGCUAUUGCGAAAAGGAGAACAAUGUCACCAAUUUUAAUCGCAGCAAAGAUGGGAGUGACUGAAAUGAUUGAAAAGAUUCUAGAUGUGUACCCUGUGGCUAUUCAAGAUGUGGACAGUCAGAACAAAAAUGUUGUUCUUUUGGCCAUAGAAAAUAGGCAACCUCAUGUAUACAGUUUGUUAAAUAAGAGGAGUAUAAUCAAGGAAACUGCAUUUCGUCAAGUUGAUAUCAAUGGUAACAGUGCAUUGCACCUUGCUGCUACUUAUAGAAGGUUUAAGCCUUGGCGUGUACCUGGUGCGGCAAUGCAAAUGCAGUGGGAAUACAAGUGGUAUAAGCUUGUUAAGGACUCCAUGCCGCCUAAUUUCUAUGAACGUUAUAAUAAGGAUGGGAAAACAGCAAAGCAGGUCUUCAUUGACACACACGGACAACUUGUAAAAGAAGGUGGUAAAUGGCUCACCAAAACUGCAGAAUCAUGCUCAGUGGUAGCAGCACUUGUUGCAAGUGUUGCAUUCACAACCUCAACAUCUAUCCCAGGUGGUUAUGAUGAUGAUGGUAUACCAAUAUUCCUAAAAAAGCCUGUUUUCAAACUAUAUGCUGUAGCAUCACUUGUUGCACUUUGCUCCUCUGUCAUGGCUCUUGUUAUGUUUCUUUCGAUACUAACGUCUCGGUUUCAAGAAAAGGAUUUUCUUGUGGACUUACCAAAAAAGCUUCUUCUAGGGUUGACUACACUCUUCACAUCUAUAGCAUCUGUAUUGGUCUCAUUCUGUGCAGGGCAUUUCUUCAUUGUUGAACACCAGCUGAGAACUGCAGUUUAUCCCAUAUAUGCUUUAACAUGUUUGCCUGUGUCCUUUUUUGCCUUGGUCCAACUCCCUCUGUACUUUGAUCUGAGUUCGGCUAUGUUUCGGAAGGUUCCUCAGCGCAGCUACAAAGUGUUCUUUCACUAGUUGCUUCAUCAUUAGUUUAAGCAACUCUUAUGAUCAAAUCCCUUAGAUAUAUUAUAAACAAUAAACACUUCUGGACUAUGACUAUGUCUUAGUUUAAGAAUUACUUUUAAUUGGUAGGAAAGUGUUAUGAGGAACGUUUGGUUCUCACUGUGCACUCACUUUACCCCAUUACCAUAUAUAUUUAAGUGAUAUUACAAGAUUAUCAUUGCACGGUUUCAUCUUA